AUGGAGUUUGUGCUUUGUCGGAAGACGAUGACUAGAUUCAUGUUGGUUCUAAUCGUAUGGCUCGUAGCCAUAGACGCAAGAAGCACUAACCACGAGCUAGAGCGACUGUUCAACGUUGAGAAGCUAGAGAUGUUUGUAGACGAGCUUCCUCAGAUACCAACUCUACAUGGCUUUCACUUUGUAAAUGGCUUACUCAAACCCAAAUCUCUUACAAUCGGCAUGUUCUUCAAGAAAUGGAAAUUCCACAGAGAUUUGCCUGCCACGCCAGUGUUCGCAUACGGUGCUUCGAAGCGUACCGCAACAGUCCCUGGACCUACAAUCGAAGCCGUUUAUGGCGUUGACACUUACGUGACGUGGCGCAAUCACCUCCCUUCAUCUCACAUACUUCCUUGGGACCCAACAAUCUCCCCGGCGAUCCCCAAACGCGGCGGCAUUCCCACGGUGGUUCACUUACACGGCGGAAUCCACGAACCGACGAGCGAUGGAAAUGCCGAUGCUUGGUUUACCGCCGGUUUUAAAGAAACCGGAAAGAAAUGGACCAAAACGAAGUCGCACUACGUUAACAAGCAACAACCUGGAAACAUGUGGUACCAUGACCAUGCAGCCGGUUUGACCCGAGUUAACCUUCUCGCCGGUUUGCUAGGUGCUUACAUUCUCCGCCACAACUCCCUUGAAUCUCCUCUCCGGUUACCUACCGGUCGCGAAUUCGACCGUCCGUUGAUCGCGUUUGACCGGAGUUUCGGUAGAGACGGUUCAAUCUACAUGAAUGCAACCGGAAACAACCCGUCGAUUCACCCGCAAUGGCAACCGGAGUAUUUUGGUGAUGCCAUCAUCGUGAACGGAAAAGCUUGGCCGCGAUUAACCGUUCGACGUCGAAAAUACCGGUUUCGAAUCACGAACGCUAGUAACGCUAGGUUUUUCCGGUUCUUCUUCUCCAACGGUCUAGAUAUAAUCGUGGUCGGUUCCGAUUCGGCUUAUCUAGCUAAACCGGUUUCGACCAAAUCGGUUCUCCUCGCUCCAUCGGAGAUAGUCGAUGUAGUCGUUGACUUUUCAAAGUCAACGUCGAAAACGACAAUACUCGCCAACAACGCACCUUAUCCUUACCCAUCGGGAGAUCCUGUCACGGAAGAGAACAGCAAAGUCAUGAAGUUUAUAAUCAAGGACGAAUCAGAAGCUGACACGUCGACUAUUCCGAAGAAACUGAUCAAGUAUCCGCCUGCUGACGUGUCAACCUCGGUCCGUACUCGUUACAUUGCAAUGUUCGAGUACGUGUCGAGCACGGACGAACCAACCCAUCUAUACAUCAAUGGCUUGCCUUAUUAUGCUCCCGUAACAGAAACUCCAAAAAUCGGCACAAGUGAGGUGUGGGAAGUGAUAAAUUUGACGAAAGAUAACCAUCCGUUGCACAUUCAUUUGGGAUUGUUCAAAGUGUUGGAGCAAACGGCAUUGGUGGAGAGUGAGAAGUUCACGGACUGCAUGACGGAGAAAAACGAUGCGGUCAAGUGCCAUAUCAACAAAUACGCACGUGGGAACAAGACCGCGGUGACGGCACACGAGCGAAGUUGGAAAAACGUAUUCAAGAUGAUGCCUGGACAUGUAACGAAGAUCCUUGUUAGAUUUUCUUACAUUCACGCCAAUGAAUCGUACUCAUUCGACGCGACUCAAAAACCAGGCUAUGUCUACCAUUGCCAUAUAUUGGAUCAUGAAGACAAUAUGAUGAUGAGACCAUUUGAGAUGGUCAAGUGA